UUUUAUGUUGAAGUUGCUUUUGUUGAAGUUGCAUUUGUUAAAGUUGCAUUUGUUAAAGACUUAAUCAAUAACAGCAUGGCAUCACAAUGUAAGGACGCAAACCAUGAUACCGUCGUUGUCUGCAUUGAGUUGACUCAUGGGUCAAUGACCGGUACAGUCAAAUUCAACGACAUUGAGGAGGUUCAAAUUAUUCGUAAUGUUCUGGAUGAUUGUGAUGUUUUGCAAACGGAGGUGUUCAAGUCAGGAAUAUUGGGGCUAACAUGGCAUGAAGAGGUUUUUAAAGAACAGGGCGUAUUUCAUGUCCCGAGUGUAAUUCAUCUUAUAAGAGUAUUUACGGAGGACAUGGUUAAUGAAGGCAAUUUUUGGUUAGAAAGUGGUGAAAAUGAUUCAUUCCCAAGUCAGAGUGGUAAAAACCUCAAAAUUGAUUGUGAACCUCCCACUACAAAACUAUCAAAAAUACUUGAUCUUUGCUUCAUGAUUUUGCAUCACUUUUCUCCAAACAUGGACCCAAUUGAAAGAGAAAGCAUUUCCGAUGAUAUUAAUUGGAUGAAGAAAACUCGGUCAAUGCAUUUAAAUAAUGGUGAGAUUGGGCGCAAUUGGCAUAAAUUUUUCUGCAAGUUUUGCGAAGGAGACUGUAUGUGGGUUCAACUUGAUUUGUCAACACCACAAAAUAAGAUGAAGCGAAAAGUUAAAGAUCAAGACAAAAAGUUUGAUGAUUACAAAAAGGUGUGUGUUUCUGAAAAACAGCCUACGAAAACAUUUAUGGCAGCUGAUCAUGAUCCAUGGAACUACACUGGACCCGAGCCACCGUGGGCAAAUAGCGAUGUAGAUUGGUCCAAACUUCCAUGGCGCGAUAUGCUUAUAAGACCGAUACCGUCGCAUGAACUUCCAUGGCGAGAUGAGGAUGGCGCUUGGGGUGGUGCUGAUGUUGAUAUCGAUGCUGAAGUUAAAAGUGAUGUUGACUUUGAUGUUGGACAGGAUAUUGGGAACACGACACCGCCUGCGCAUUAUGCAGAUAGUGUUGAACAACGUUUCUGUGAGUUAACAGAGCUACACGGUAUAAACGAUGACGAAUCUCCCGUCAAUCCAUAUAUCUGUGAUAUGUGGGAUACUGAAUGUGCUGAUUAAAAUUUUAAAUCAAACUAAAACAAGUAUUAACAUGAAUGCUCCUAAAAUGUUAUUAUUCAUGUUAAUGUCAUUCUUAUCAACAAUUAAUG